AUGAGAAUGAUAGGAUCGUCAAGGCUUCCGCUUCUCUCCAUUCUUCUGCUAUCAAUAUUUCAACCAUCAGUUCACAGUUUGUUGUCCACGAAAAGUUGUCAGAAUGGAAAUGGACAUAGGAUACGGCUUCUUACCACAUCAGGAGCAUACAGCAGUCAUCCAAGAAAAAAUCCCAGUGAGGAGGAUCAAGGUUUGCUUUUGGCCAAACGACCUUCAACUGCUGGUGCUGGUGUUGAUGCUAAUUCUUCAGAAGAUCCAUUCAGCGCAUCCGGUGGUCGAUCCCUCGUCACGACUGUCAAGGGAGGAUUGGCAAAUAUAUUUGAAUUUGCUGAGGAACAAAAAGCGAGGAACAAACGACGACAAGAACUCCGACGAGCCCAGCGACAAAAAGCCAAUUUAAAGCAAGGGGGUGGUAAAGAACAGCCCCGAUGGCAUCCUUACUCUGGAAUCAACUCUUCCAAUCCCAAUUUUCGAACAGCCGCCCCGGUCAUGACCAAUGCUGGCUUUGCCAAGAGCAUUUGGCGGAACGCCCGCAAACGCAACAAACCGGUAUUGUGGGAAAAUUCUCUCCGGACCUAUGAUCGCAUGGCCAUUCUAGAACAAAAGACGGAACUGAAAAUCAAACGCACCAAUCUACAUCACGAGGGCGCCAUGUUGGCCUGUGCCAAAUUGGGAUGGUGGCAAAAAUGUUUGGAGAUUUAUCAUUUUGUCAACGAACAGGACUCUUCCACCAUUCUUCCGCCGACGGCAUCAUCUAGACUGGCUCCUUCCAAUUUAGAAUCAUCUGCUGCCAGCUCCAAGAUUGUCCGUCGGGUAUACGUCACGGACAAUAUGAUACAAUCGCUCGUUCGAGCCUGCUCGAGGGCCUCCAGUCAACGCGGCAAGGGUGGUAGUAGUAGCAGCAAGCAACAACAGCAACAGCAGCAGCAGCAGGCCAAUUCACAAACAACAACGACGAGCAACGCUGAUGAACAGGAGUCAUUGGAAGAACAGGAAGUUGCUCUUCGUCGAAUUCCUCUGGAUACUGCCCUGGAAAUUGUUCGUACCAUGGAUGAAAACCAUGGAGUCAAACCGGGUGCCAUUCAUGUGAAUCCCUUAGCGGCUGCCUAUCAAUCCUUGGGGUAUACGGAAGAAGCGAGGGACAUUUUGCAAACUAUGCUCUCGAACCGAACGGCGGGAGAAGAACCGGAGGAAGGUGUGGAUAUUCUUAAUGUGCACGAUUUGUGUGCCAAGGACAAGGGCAGUUACAGUCUGUUGGUCCAAGGAGCGGUUGGAUCCGGAGAUUGGGGGGCGGCAGUGGAAGCACUCUGUGACAUGACCAAGUCGGGACUCUAUCCAAACCCUCGGCACUGUAACUCUUGGAAUGAGAUCGCCGAACGACAUCGAGGACGAAGUUCGAAAAAGAAGAUACGAGAGGAAUUUUGGACAAACAGUGUCAUAUAA